UGGUGUUGUGUCACGUGAGGUGUCGUUUCUUAAACAUGGCUCCAAGUAGCACAGAACAAAACAGCAUCCUCUGACCGAGAGCCGUCUGUUUGCUGACACGCUUCAUUAAACCUCAGAAAAUGGAGCAUGUACUUAACUGUGGAAGUUCCCCGCUGGAUGUGCACGUUGUAUAAAGACAUGUAGUACAAACUCAUCAUGCGUUAAGCCGAGCAUCGUUAGCUUGAUGCUAGCCUAGCUGUCAACUGCUACAAGUGUGAGAGUUUCUCAGAGGAACAGACUGAAGGCGUGGUUAGGACUUCCUUGAUGGCUUUGAUUUAUUUCUCCAUGAAUGUCUGAAAGCCAUCCUGGUGGAAGACGGUGAGCUGUACAUCAGGACGUUAUAGGACUCUAAUAGAAAUUCAAGACACACCAUGGAUUGGCUGAUGCAAGCGGUUGAGAGAGACUUGGGGGUUGACCAACGGCAGCAAGGCCCAGGUCCCCGUCCCAGAGAGCUCAUAGCCAUCGUUCCAACACGCUGGGUGAUGGGCCUGAGGGAGAGGAGGGUCUUGCGCUGUGCCCGCUUUGACAGCAACAGUGAGGCUGAAAUUCACACAUACCUUCAGUGUUCCCAGGCAAAGUUGCCUCCUGGAUGGACACGAGUUUGCAUUCAGGGUCUCAGGAAAAGCAAGCUGAGCUACAGAUUGGCCAGAGAUCCUUGUCAUCAACUGAUGGAGUUCAUGCCACAGGAUUCCUAUGUCAAAACCAUGCAGUGUUUGUCGCACCACAAUGUCAGGAAUCUGUGGCGGGAUGCUCAUCACAAACUUGUGCAGACAUAUGCAGGACCUAAUGAGCAGAUGCACACGCCAGCUGUAGAUGCAGUCCGUCAUGCUCUGCAGAAGCUUUUCAAUUCCACAUUCAUCUCACCUGACAGAGUUUCACCAUCCCUUUCUCCAGCCAAAGAGAAGGAGAAGGAAAACUACUUGCCAUCCAGUUCAUCUUGCAUUUCUAAGUCCCAGUCAAACCAUCUGUGUCCCAAUGUUCUACCUGCAGAGUGUCUGCUGGAGACAGCAGAGAUGCUCUAUGUAAUUUUACCUUACACUCAGUAUUCACUUCAUGACAUUGUGUCCUUCAGCCCAGCCAAGCUCGCCAACAGCCAUGCCAAAGUGUUGUUCAUUCUCUACCAGUCACUUAUAGCUCUGCAGGCGUGUCAUGCAGCUGGUCUAUCUUGUGGAGAGCUCUCCCUGCAGGACAUAGCAGUAGAUGAGCAGCUCUGCAGCCGACUGAAGCUUAACCUAACCCAUUAUGAGGAUCUGGGAGCAGAAGGGGAUGCAAACCGUGAUGCUACUGGCAGACAAGUGCCAAAAAGUGUCAUGCCAAGUGACACUUCCUGUAUGAGCCAAGAGAACAAACGACUUUGCAAUGAUUGUUUUGAUGAGCUCAAGACAUUGGUUCUGGACUGGGUCCAUGGCCGAGUCAGUAACUUCCGAUACUUGAUGGAGCUGAACAGGUUGGCAGGACGACGAGAAGGAGACCCCAAUUAUCACCCAGUGCUGCCUUGGGUGGUGGACUUCACUGUGCCAUUUGGUAAGUUCCGGGACCUCAGGAGGUCAAAGUUCAGGCUCACAAAGGGAGAUAAACAGCUGGACUUCACAUACGAGAUGACCAAAGAGGCUUUGGCGGCUGCAGUGGGUAAUGGAGUUGGUGGAGGUGGUGUUGGAGGAGACCUCAGUGGCUCUGUAGGUGCUGGUGGCACUGGACAGCCAGAGCAUCUCCAUGUACCUCAUCACAUAUCUGAUGUGCUCUCUGACAUCACAUACUAUGUCUACAAAGCCAGGCAGACACCCAAGUCAGUGUUGUGCAGUCACGUUAGAUCCCAGUGGGAGCCUAAUGAGUACCCGGCCAGUAUGGAGCGCAUGCAGAGCUGGAGCCCUGAUGAGUGCAUUCCAGAGUUCUACACAGAUCCCUCUAUUUUUCGCUCAAUCCACCCCGAUAUGCCAGACCUGGAUGUGCCUUCCUGGUGCAAGUCAUGCGAGGAAUUUAUAGAGGUCCAUCGACGCCUUUUAGAGAGCAGAGAGGUGUCCCAGCAUUUGCAUCACUGGAUUGAUCUCACAUUUGGCUACAAACUCUCUGGUAAAGAGGCUGUCAAGGCCAAGAAUGUGUGCCUCCACCUGGUUGAUAACCACACCAAUCUGACUACCUAUGGUGUAGUUCAACUGUUUGACCAGCCCCACCCACCCCGUUUAUCCUCUUCCCAGUAUGCCCCAGCAGAACCUCCUCUCCUUGGUCUUGCUGCUCUUAAUGUGCCUUCUUUACACUUCCCUCAAAUCAACACUGUGGCUGACUCUGUGGAUGGGAUGGUGCCAGAGUCCACAGGGUGCGAGUCCAGCGGCUGGACCAUGGUAGACAGGGAGGAAGAGCUUGAACAAGGUAUGGAAGCCCUGGACUCAUUAACGUCUUCUGUAUCCUGUUCUGUGCCACUGCCAGUCAGUACUGCUGGGGGGAAAACAGGAGGAGAGCACACAGCACUUAUUGUAUCACAAUCCCCAAGUUCAUUCCCUGGUGAUUUAGCAAGCGGCUUAGGGCCAGGUUUACGCAGUGCCAUGUUACAAAGAGGGGGGCCGACAAACAAAAAGCACGGAGAGGGAAGUGUGGCUGCCAGCAAUGCAGAUGAAAUCAAAAUCAGCCUCCCUGAGGGGUUCAACCCAUUGCAGCCUUUGGAGGAGCUGGAGAAAUUGAACAAUUUCCUGGUAAAGAGUCUGCACGCUGAAGUAUCCAGUGACUUCAUGAGAGACAGUGCGAUAAUUGAAUCUCUACCCUCUCUCACACAGCUCUACCAAAGAGACAUGCAGGCCCUUGGUGUUCUCAUUGCUGAGAUAUUCUAUUCUUGUAAACUGCGGGGAGUCAAACCCGGAAACCCCCUCAGACAGCGUUUCCAAGCAGUUAUGAAGCUCUGCUCUGCCAGCCUCCGUGAUGUGCCUCUGUGUUUGCAUCAUGCUCUGGAGACACUGCUGCUAAUGGAGAAGCACUCUGGAACAGCACAUAGAGAAGUGCCAGAUUGCCCACGUCCUCUACUUUUCAAGUAUGACCCUAUUCGUGACGGCUUGCCUCCUCCAAACCCCUGCCAGCUAUUGAAUUCGAUCAUCACCCCCUUUCCUUUCCCUUCCUACUUUGCACCACUUCAUAAUUUCAUCUUUUCCUACCAUGCAAAAAUGGAGACUACAUGCAGUUAUCAAGGAAGAGAUGUCGUCUUUCACCUGUGGCAGCAACUUGAGACACUGUUGCGUGGCAACAUCACAGCUGAGGGUCUUGAGAUUCUCUUGCCCUUCAUUCUGGCCCUAAUGCUCGAGGAGUACACAGCUGUCUAUGCUGCUUGGUACCUUUUUGAGCCCAUUUCUAGAGUGCUUGGCCCUAGAAAUGCAAGCAAGUACUUAUUGAAGCCACUGAUCAAUGUUUAUGAGAACCCCCACUGCCUGCGAGGACGUUUCUAUCUCUACACAGACUGUUUCAUUUUGCAGCUCAUUGUACGACUCGGCCUCCAAGCCUUUCUGUCUAGCCUGCUCCCCCAUGUGCUACAAGUCAUUACUGGCUUUGAAAGCUGCAGCUCAGACUCUGGCGGGGAAGCUUGUAAAGGCUUGAGGGGAGGCACGUGUAAUCUUGGAGAGGAAGAAGAAGACGACUUUCAGUGCGGCGAGCAGCGGUCAUCCUCGGGGUCUGUCAGUGGGGCAAUUGGAGGCAGCAGCGGAGCCAGUGGAGGAGUCGGGGUGGUGGGAGACACAGGACUGGUCGAUUACUCCUCUGGCAUCAGUCUCAGUGACCAAGUGUUUCUCACAGAGGCAGAGGACUUUCAGAAUGGGUUUUAUGUCAACAACGGAACAGGAGUGGCUGCUGGGAAACAGCAGAGCCAGAACUCCGCAGCCAAGGAGCAAGACCAGGAGUCUCUAAGUGUGGGGAAACUUAGUGACAAAAGCAGCACAAGUGAGCUGUCACUGGGUGACGGAGACUCAAUGAGGGAUCGUGCCAGUCUUAAGUCAGCUGACAGCAGCCAGGACCUCAAACAGGCCAGUGAGGGAGAGGAGGGUGGAGAGCUGGAGGAAGAAGAGGUGACUGAGACUAAUGAGGGUAAAGACGAGACAGAUGAUCCUCCUGUUCACAACCUGGAGCUCACUCUCUCUGCUUGCACAAUAGACACUGUAGCCACUCUUGAAGGCGAUUUUGUGAAUGGAAUGGAACUGGAGGAGAUGGAGAAAGACACUGUGGAAGUGCAGGAUGAGGAAGAUCACGGUCCUUCUGAUGAUUCUGAGGAGAAAGAGCAAAAGAUUCUUUUGGAUACAGUCUGCAAAACGGUACGGUGGCUUUCGGCAAAGCUUGGACCAACUGUGACAUCUCGAUACGUGGCCAGAAAUUUGUUGCGAUUGCUCACAAAUUGUUACAUUGGGCCUGAAAAACAUCAGUUUGUCACCUCUUCAAUAGAGGACAGCAGUCUGGAAAGUGUGGGAUUGGGCAGUGUUUACGAGAAGAAACCUGUAGUUGGUGACCAGACAGCAGGGCCUGUGUUGGAGUGUCUCAUCUACAUAGCUCAGCUCUAUGGAGAGCCUGUGCUCACUUACCAGUACCUGCCUUAUAUUGGAUAUCUGGUCUCUCCACCUUCUUCUCAGCGUCUUAACACACGUAAGGAGGCCAGUCUGCUUGGAGCCGUUGCACUUACUCAGAAGAUUAUUGUCUUUCUCUCUGAUGCCACCCUAAUGGACAUGCUGAUGAAGAUCAAUCAGGAUGUGCUUCUGCCUCUACUUGACUUGCUCACCACUCCACGCAUGGGGUUCCCCAGUGGGGUGCAGACUCGCACUGCUGUCUGUCUCAAGACUCUCAGCCUGAUGGCCCUCAUCUGUCUGCGCAUUGGGAGGGAGAUGGUGCAACAGCAUAUGGCUGACACUCUGCGUCGGUUCUUUGCUGUUUUCUCUCUGUUGCAUUCUCUGCAGCCCCAGCUUGAUGGCGCCCCUCACAGGAUGGUUGGAGAGGUCACGGUUGUAGAUGUCCGCACUCCUGAAGGGUCAAAUGCAACCUAUGAAUUGGGAGUCCUGGAGGAGCUGCAGACUGUGUUUAACCCUGAGAUGGCCCACGCCUCUUACAUCCCUUUCUACUGCCUCAUAGGUGAUGUGGCGAUCAGAAAACUGGUGCCAAACCACGAGCUGGUGUGGCAGUUAGCUCAGUCUUAUCAUCAGAGUGUGAGUCAAGUGAGCCCAGGUACAAAUCUGACUGCAGCUUCUAAGGUAGACCUCCCUCCCUCCUCUGUGGGUCUCUCAUCUGUCUUUGGUCGACGUGUGGGUGGAAGCCCAUUCCCUUCACCUUCUACUAACUCCAUCCAGCUGGGAGACUCACUCCCUGAAUCAGGCACGUUUGGGAGCCACCUUGUAGGAAACCGUAUCCAAGUGUCCAGGGAUGCUGAUUUUGAUGGUAGUUCGACCUUGGGCCUGGCUGGCUCUUGGGGACGGUCCAGCCACAUCACCCCAAUUAUCACCACAUCCUCCACCUUCACCACUCCAUCUGUGGGCGCAGCAUCCUUUUCCUCCUCCUGGGUGACAGACCCCACUCCAGAGGACAGCGCCCUGAAGCAGGAGCUCCCUCGCAGUGGUCGUUCCCUUCAAGGAAAUUGGCUGGCCUACUGGCAGUAUGAGAUUGGCCUCAACCAGCAGGAUCCACAUUUCCACUUUCACCAGAUUCGACUGCAGAGCUUUCUGGGUCACUCAGGCACCACUAAGUGUUUGGCACCGCUGGCAGGGGAGGAUUACUUCCUCUCAGGUAGUAAAGACAAGACUGUGAAGCUUUGGCCCCUAUAUAACCAUGGUGAUGGAACGCAGGAGGUGGAGCCCAGGCUGACGUAUAAUGACCAUCGAAAAUCAGUCUUUUAUGUUGGACAGCUGGAGGCUUCACAGGAGGUGGUGAGCUGUGAUGGCACUGUGCACCUCUGGGACCAGUAUACAGGCAAGCAGAUCCGCUCAUAUGAAGCUGUGGACGGAAAGAAUCCCAUCACAGCUGUCACCACCAUGCCAGCGCCACAUUGCAGUGUUGUGUUUGGCAGUGCAGAUUCUGUGCUUCGCUUUAUUGAUCCUCGCAAACCAGGAUUGCAGCAUGAAUUCCGUCUGGCAUACAACAAUGUGAGCGCUGGACUCAUCCGCUACCUGGCAGUGAGCCCCUCGGGGCGCACCGUGGCUGCAGGUUUCUCAUCUGGCUUCAUUGUUCUGCUAGAUGCGCGCACCGGACUCGUUCUAAAGGGAUGGCCGGCUCAUGAGGGAGAUAUUCUUCAAAUGAAGGCUGCAGAAGGAAACCUGGUCAUCAGCUCCUCCACUGACUACACACUCAGUGUGUGGAAAGAUCUGGAAAACAAGCCCCUCCGCCAGUACAAGUCUCAGUCUGACCCCAUCCAUGCCUUUGACCUUUACGGCCCAGAGAUUGUAACAGGAACCGUGGCUAACAAGAUUGGGGUGUACUCCAUGGCGGACAUCUCCUUGAGCCCUGUUAGCAGCACAAAGCUGAGCUCAGAGAACUUCCGCGGCACUCUGACCAGCCUGGCAGUCCUGCCCACCAAGAGGCUCUUACUGCUGGGCUCUGAGAACGGCGCCAUCCGGUUAUUAGCGUAGAGAAAAAAUCAAUGACUCCCAGAUACACUAAACUCACUUAACAGUGACCUCCAAAGUGUCUUAUUGGUGAGGACAGGCAGGUGUCAGAACUCUCUGUCCCUCCCCUUGAGCUUGAGGUCAAUUCUACUAGAAGGUAGUUUGGUCAGUUCCUCUGAAAUGCUUUUUGAAUGAAGCAGCACAAGCAAAGGCAUUGUAGAAGCUACACAUGUCUAAAUCUUGCACCAAAUUUGAUUGACAGGAAAUGUGUGCAACGCACUUAACAUUUAUCAUGUACAAAAGAUCCCAUGAUUUUUUAAAAAGCCUAUACGUGCAUAGAUAGUAUAUAAUGGGGAAUUCUGAUCUAGUCUUGGUCAUUUUUUCAUUUGACAAGGUCAGUCAUUCUGUUCAGACAUAUGAAUCAGAAGACGUGCUCAGGAAGGUGGAACCAAACACGGUUCUUCUGUAGUGUUUACACUUUCCAAGUAGAUGCAUAACAACACCAAAAAUACAUCUGCCUCCACUUUCUUUUCCCUUUAUGUUAGCAUACUUGCGUAUCCAAAUGCACUGAUUAAACUAUGCAGUAUUUGUAGAUCAAAUCAUUUGUUUUUGUUUGAGUCAAUGUGAUUUUCAUAGAUAGAUAAUUUAUACAUCACUAAUGGUUGAACUGUUUAAUGGACAGCGUCGGUGCAUCCUCUAAGUGUGGAGACGCUUCAGUUGUUGUCACAUUACUAAAGUUGUAUACUGAUGCACAGCCUUUAUUCUCCUGCACAAGUAUGGCCUGAAUUGGAACAAGUUGAUUCUCACUCAGAUUUUAAAGCCUGAAUGUUUUUAUCCACUAAUAAAUUACUUGACUUUGCUUGGGAGUUUUUAAACAGUGUUUAGAGACUAUUGCUUUUGCUGUCAGAACCUGUAGCAACAUUAUACUGGCAAUUGGUGGUAUAUGCCAGUUUAAUUGGGUUUGCCAUAAGUUAGACUCAUACAGCGCUCAUUUCUGAUAACAUAAGCUAUCAUAGAUACAGUCAAUGCCAAGUUGAACAAUUUUUCUAUUUUAACAUUUGUUACUGCAUCAGAGUAUGUUGAGUAAUUACUUUAAAAGGUUAGAAAAAAGAGCAAAAAUUAGUCUAACUUGCUCCAUAUGUGUAAUAUAAAUUGAAACACAUAACAGGUUUUUGUUCCUCAAAUGAAGCCGGAUUCUGUUUGAACUUUCUAAGCCUUUUAGCAUCCAGUAAUUUCAACCCAUUAUUUGAUUUUCUUCAUGGUGUAAAACAGUCUGCCUAAUUUUGUAAUUAUUUGCCCAAAGCCUAAUAUGCUCUGACAAGUGUACUACACCUUUUUGAUAUCUUGUGUUUUUUGUAAACUUUGAGUUUUAGCUCAGUAAUCAUCUAAUGACAAACUUUGUAAAAAAGAAAAAAGGAAGGAAAAUUUGUAGUUGCAUAAUUGGUAACAAUGGUUCCAGCAUUUCUCAAAGCAUUUUCAGAGAAGUCCACUGAAACAGCUAUUUAUUAACUGGAUUAAUAAAAAAAUUGCUUCCUGUGA